GGAAUGAAGCCAAGCCGCUGGACUCCGCACAGCCCUGGAGAGGUCCUAAAUCCGGCCGUCUCACAUUCCCACCUUUGGGUGCAGAGGAGGUGCUAUGCAGAUCCAGAAGUGAAUGUGGGAACACGUGGUACUCUCUCCCCCACCAAUGCAUCCUCAGAGCUCCGAGGGAAAAGCAACGACGAUGGCUGGCAGCUGAGGGAGAGACCAGCAUCCCCAGAACUCCCUUUUGGUCCUUGUCUAGCCUUCAAGGUCUCCAUGGACCACUUUGAGCCAUAUAGGUCUGCCAGUCAGUGGCCUCUGCACCCACGUCCGAAGCAGGAGAAAUCCAAAGAGCCCUUGGCCUCUGGAGGCGGCAGCAGGAGUGCUCUCCGAAAAGAGAGUGGGCCAGCCGGUGGGAGCCCGGCGCCCACCCACCGCUUAUCCUACAGCAGGACCAACCCCCCGCCACCCUCCAGCCUCUGGAUCCUCUCUCCAGGCCUUGGAGGAGGCUGCAGACCGGAGCACUGUUACCCGCUCAAAAAACCAGUCCAACCACUGCAGCACCUCCGUCUCACGCAAUCCAAAGGUGGGGACCUCAAGCCGCAGAGGACUCUGGGAGGGAGAGGGCCUGGGUUCCAGUCCAGCUCUGCCACUGGCUCAGCAAGUACCCUUGGGCAAGUUGUUCCAUGCUCUGGGCCUCAUUUGCAAAUGAUGAAAGAGCUGGACGUUCCUAUCUCUAGGGUCGCUAGUUCAUGGCGAAGGCAUAGAGAGAAUGGUGGGUAACCGCAGCAUGAUCUCCAAAGAUUCUGUCCAUGGAUCCACUGCAAUCCAUAUGACCGCGACCCCCCAGUCACCACCCCCACACCCAGGCAUACACAACUAUUCAUUCAUUCUUCACGUCAUUCUUAAGUACCUACCAUGUGCUGGCCAUAGUUCUCCUUACCACAGAAUCCACUGCCCUGGGAAGCACAGAGGCCCCAAGCUGGGAAGUAGCCUCGAUGUGAGCUGAGCCCUCCAUCCUUCCCUGCGUGAUUCCCUCAGUAUCAGCCUCACCAGUGGGCUCUCCAUCUCUGCUUGUCACACACUAUAGAGCCAGGCACCUUCCUCCCCCAACUCCUCCCUCCCAGUGUGCUGCUCCAUCAUGGUGACCUUCUACCUUGGGUCCUCAUAUGCACUCUAGGGCCUCCAGAGAAUGAGGCUAUGCCCUCUCCUCAGCACCCUUUAGAGAACUCAAGAUACAACUGCAUCCCUUUGUACCAUGCCCAAAGCAAGCCUUCUCUUCUCCAACUUAAACCUCCUUCAUCAGGUGUCUUUAGACACAGCUUCCGGUGCCUUCACUCCCCCUGCUCACCAGGUUCAGCAGCGGAUGAAGAGCAGAGAGCAGAAUGAAGCCAGCUCCUCCCAGUCCUAGAGAACAGGACCACCCUCCAGACAGAAGGUGGGAAGACAGACAAAUCUGCCCAGGCGGACUGACAGAAGGACCAGUGUCCUGCUUGGCAGCCUUCUGUACAAAUCCUGUCCUUUGCCUUUGGACUUCUCAUCCCCAGGCCUUUCAAAUUCACUUCUUCCCAGGAGCUCCCAAGGGAGACUCACACAGGCCCCUGGGGCUGUGGCCUUGGGCAAGUCACUUUGCCACAUAAGGUGCUCUGUUUGAGUUUAGCUCACCACACAUUUAUUUAAAUGAAUGAGUGAAAGGACCAAUAAAACUCAGGAGUUAUACCAGAUGCAUUUAUUGUUUCAGAUGCACAGCUGCUAGGAGAUUCUUGACUGCCUGCCUUCAAGUAUUUUGAUUCCAAAUAGGCUCAGUCUCCCCUGCUGGCUGAGCCUCCCCAAUCGUGGGCUCCCGUGGGCAGGAGGCUCUGGGCUGCAUGGCCAAGGCUCCCUCUGUUCCUCUUAGUUCAACUCUCCUUCCCUGGCCGUCUCCCUUUCCUUCCUUCCCCCAGGCUGAAGCCCUCCCCACUCCUCCCCUGGGGCAGGGCCACUUUCCCACCCUCCUCAACCAGAUGGAGCCUCUCACUUUCCCAGGAGAAUCCAGGCUACACUCCAAAGACCGAGGCAGGAUGUUCCCAGACAUCAUUCUGCAUUUAUACCCAAAGGGCUCAAUUCACUUCAGGUCAUUGAGACCACACAGAAAAUGAGGCUUCUGCUAUUUUCAUUAUUUUGAUUAUUAUUAUUAUUCACUAACAUUUCUAUUAGCACUUUCCAGUUUGCAAAAUACUUUUGUGUGUCAUCUGGACAGCAUCUUGUGAGAUAAUAUCAUCCCUCAUCUUUUUUUUUUUUUUUUUUUUGAGACAGAGUUUCGCUCUGUUGCCCAGGCUGGAGUGCAGUGGCGCGAUCUCGGCUCACUGCAAGCUCCGCCUCUCGGGGUCACACCAUUCUCCUGCCUCAGCCUCCCAAGUAGCUGGGACUACAGGCGCCUGCCACCACCACGCCCGGCUAAUUUUUUUGCAUUUUUAGUAGAGACAGGGUUUCACCAUGUUAGCCAGGAUGGUCUUGAUCUCCCGACCUCGUGAUCCGCCCGCCUUGGCCUCCCACAGUGCUGGGAUGACAGGUGUGAGCCACUGCACCCGGCCCCCAUCUUAUAAAUAGGCAGGCUGAGGCUCAGAGUGGGAGUGACUUGCCCAAGAUUACGCUUGCAUAGUUACACUGGCUCCCUGGACUAGAUACUUUCCACUUUACUCAACAAUAACCCUUUCCAGAAAAAUCAGGCUGGAGGAAGCAGGAGAGACACUUAAGAAUAUAUGGCCCCUAUAGGCAUCAGUUGCAAUUACUACUUGAGUUACUUGACUGUUUUCACUCCCCAGGCAGGGAAACUGAGGCACGGGGACAGUACUCAACCCAGGACUAAGUCUCAUGGAGAAAGAAGGAAAGAGGAGCCCAUCCAAAAAAGGGGCUCCUCAGUUCCUUAGCUGCAAAUUCUGCUUCUGGCCCUAGCACUACCAUUUCUUUUUGUAUUACUUAGGCAGGUUAUUUGACAUCUCUGAGCCUCAAUUUUCUCACCUAUAAAAUGGGAGAAUCUCUGCCCCAUGUCUGUCACUGGGCUGCUGUGAUGGGAGGUCAGCAGAUGCUGGCAGAAGAGAAGGGACAGGACCCUUCAUCCCCUCUCUGCUCUGUCUAGGAGACAGGAGAAAUUCUUUCCUCUUAAAUUUUAACUGGACGGAACUUAAUGGUGCAAAAGUGCAGGAUACAGGAAAGUCAGAAGGAGAACGGAAGUGAUUCGCUCCACUGGCUGGGAAAGCAAGGGACACAGAGUCAGCCACAGCCCCCCAAGGUCACUGCGGGGCAGAGAUUCAACCAAACACUUCAGGCAGGGCCCCUCCUAUCUCCCUUUUAUCUUUCAAAGGAGGAAACCAAGGUUCUAAGCAAAGCAGUGACUUGCCAAGGUCACCCACAGGUAGUCAGUGGUCUCCUGACUCCCAGCCACCAGGGCCCUUGACUCCUGGGCAAGCAGGGUGGGGUGGGGAGCACUCCCAGCCCAAGGACUUAAUCUUUCAUUCAGCAAGGAGUAAUGCUCACACCAAGCCAGGCAGGCCCUGGACACUGGGGAAGGCUGGAGGAAUUGAAUACAGCCUCUGCCCUUGAAUUCACAAUCAAUCUAGUGGAGGCACAUACCCCAGCACAUCAGAGGAUACUAGAAGAUGAAUCACCAGCAUUUUCUGAGCACUUCCUCUGUGCCUGGCACUGGAAACACAUUCAUUUGUUUAAUCCUCAAAGCAAUUCUCUGGCACUGAAAUUAUUAAUCCCUUUCACAGCUGAAGUAACUGAGGCUCAGAAGGGUUAGCGACCCCAAAGUUCAUCCAGCUAAUAAAUGGCAGGGCCGGAAUAUGACAGCCAGGUAUGUCUGGUGCCAAACUCUGAGCUUCAACCCUUAUAAACUCCCUGUUUUUAGGUCUGUGCUAACCAAUAUGGUAGCUACUAGCCAUGGCUAGUGGCUAUGGAGCACUUGAAAUGUGGCUCGUUCAAAUCAAAAUGUGCUGUAAACAUAAAAAUCAGAUUUUGAAGAUUUCAUACCAAAAAGAAUGUAAUAUGUCUCAUUAAUAAUUUUUAUAUUGAGAUGACAUUAUGGCCAGGCAUGGCUCAUACCUGUAAUCCCAGCAUUUUGGGAGGCCGAGGUGGGCGGAUUACCUGAGGUCAGGAGUUUGAGACCAGCCUGGCCAACAUGGUAAAACCCCAUCUCUACUAAAAAUACAAAAAUUAGCCAGGCAUGGUGGCAUGUGCCUGUAAUCCCAGCUACUCCAGAGACUGAGGCAGGAGAAUAAUUGCUUGAACCCAAGAGGCGGAAGUUGUAGUAAGCUGAGAUCGCGCUAUUGCACUCCAGCCUGGGGGACAAGAGUGAAACUCCUUCUCCAAAAACAAAACAAAAAAAACCUUAUGA